AUGUCGACUUUUGAAAAGAUAACCAAGAAAAUCAAGAAACGGUACAAAAUCAAGCAUACAAAUCGCCGUUGCAAGCCGUACAACGAGAGGAUCAAUAUCUGCCCGAAGUUAGAUGUCAGCGGAGCAAUGCUGCUCAAAUGCACAGAAGAUGAAUGGCUUCAGUGCAUCCUCUGUCGUCAACAGUCCGACACGAAUUAUGAAACAACAUCUCGUUCCACAAUGGUAAAACACAUCCGGAAGACGCACCAGCCAGACUGCCCGAACUGCAAGAUCAGUUUCAAAAGCUGGAAAGAAGUGUCAGAGCACCAAGAUUUCUGCAUCUGGCGACCGAGACUAGUUGAUCAACGAUGGCCAAGAUUUCCAAUGCUGAACAUUGUUUUAAAAAGAAGCGCAGACGACUGGUCCCUCGACUCAGCAUCAGAAGCAAGUACGGAAUUAUGA